GAAAUAAAAUCACAUUAAAAAUAAAUUGAAUAAUAAAAUUGUAUUUAGCAAAAUAUCCGCUGUGAUAUUAAGUUAAUAAAUAAUACUUAAUUAUUAUUUAUAAUUGUUAUUAAAAAAGUGUUAAGUGUUGAAAUAAGAGAAACGUUUGAAAGAUAGUUUUGUUGCUAAAAUCAUCAUAAGAAACUAGAUUUAAACAAAUAUUAUUGGAUUUAUGCAGACAAUUUGAUUGAGGGAUUAUUUAACGAUGAACCAGCUGUGCAAAGUCUGCGGCGAACCAGCGGCUGGUUUUCAUUUUGGCGCCUUCACCUGUGAGGGUUGUAAGUCUUUCUUUGGCCGCACCUACAACAACAUAUCCGCCAUAGCUGGUUGUAAGAACAAUGGAGAUUGUGUGAUCAAUAAAAAGAAUCGUACCGCCUGUAAAGCUUGUCGUCUGCGGAAGUGCCUGCUGGUGGGCAUGUCGAAAAGUGGAUCACGAUAUGGUCGAAGAUCGAAUUGGUUUAAAAUACACUGUCUGCUGCAAGAGCAGCAAACAAAUGCAGGAAAUUCACAACAAAAUCCCAAUACAAAUGCCAAUAAUUUAGAACAAUUAGCUAGAUUACAUCAGAUACAUGCACGUCAGACGUAUCAGGAUAAAACAAAUCCCUGCAUUAAAUCGGCCAUAGGACAGCAGCAAGUGGCGCUUACGCUGCCGGCCUCUAAUGCGGCGACAGCAAAUAGUUUUUCAAAUUUUCUAAAUCCUGCCAAGUAUUUCAAUGGCAAUGAUAUUGCUAUGCACAAGAACAACGAAUCCCGCCUCAGUGAUACACCCAGUGAUUCGGGUGCUUCGUCGGCGGGAGAUCCUACCGAUGAUUGUACUAGCAAUAAUAGUAUACGUCAACACAGUCAUCACCUACAUCAUCAACAUCAUCAUCACCAGGCGCUGGCAGCCAUUAAAAGUGAGCGCAAUUGCAGCUCUGCCCAUCAGUCAUUGAACGAUAGUAAUGGAGAUGAAGAUUCGGAUGAGAGAGAGCGCAGACGUCAGCAAUUUCUGCAGAUAUUUCGUAGUCAUUCAGAGCCUCUAAGUCCUUUUGCACCAUUUCACUUUACACAAUUAGCACCACCAGCGCCCGCUGUUAUAGCGGGGACACCGCCCAGUUUUGUAUUACCCACAAUUUUAAAAACUAGCAAUGAAAGUCUGGUAAAGCAAGAAGAUUUACAAGAAGAGCCCAUAGAUUUAUCGGUAAAGUCAAGACAUAGUCAAACACCUGAAUGUCCUCGUAGAAGUUUAACUCCCGAAAUAAAGGAAACCAAUAAUGAACCUGUCAAUGUAUUAACUAAAACUACACCGUUAGAUUUGACUUUAGUGAGAACAACACAGACAUUAACGGGGUGAAAGCCCUUAAGUAUGCUUUACAUUUUACUUUCAACUAAAGCCUAAAAAUAUACUCCAAAUUUUGUAUUAGAAGUUUUUAUUAAAAACACUUGAAAUUAUUAUUAUUUUUUUAACAAAUAUUUAUUUAAAUUACAGUAUUUUUUUAUGUCAUUAUUUAACUUUAUUCUAAUCCAAAAACAACAAAACUAAA